AUGGGCAUGACAAUUUUACCGUUGCAGUAAAGGGGCGGGAAAAUCUUUACAACACUCAUUCACAAACACCUUGCAUCGCCCACGCAUUGUUUAGGGCUGACGUGACUUCUCCACCACCGUCCCAAAUGGAGUCCUCCAUGAGUCGACUGUUGCUGGCUCUCAGCGAGCAAACUUGUGCGGUAGGAGCAGUAGAGAAGGGCAUGGUCUUCCUCGCUAGGGUGCAGUCGGAGGACGAGCGCGUUUCUUUUAUACCGUCUCUUGCCUACAACCAAGAGGAUAAAAGCUUGUCGCUAUCUUUGGGCAGCAUCGUCUAUACCAUGCCGUCAAUGGUUCAUUGCAAAAUGUACCGGGGGAUGUACCACGACCGAAAUUUAAGAAAGACUCCAGAUGCGGAAGCUCACGUUUUUCUGCAGUCCGCUCAAAGUAAACCGAAUGUUCUAACGCUUUACCCGCCGCCGCCGCCGCCGCAGCAGCACCUCGUCGCUGAUGCAGACAGAGUGAGACGAAUCCUCGUGACCAGAGCAGCAUGCAUGCGUGAAGGCGGACCAGGCGGACAGACGGUUCGGCUGGUACCAAUGGGACCGAGGGUACUUGCUGAAACAACUGUGAACCGUGUUCAGCAGGUUGUCAAUGCUGACGGCAUGGAGCGGGUGAAAGUCGAAGGUGGAGCCAAGACAAUAACUAUAGCAAAAAGUGGAACAAGUGCCUGCGGAAAUGUCAUCCACAGGCCCAUUUUAUCAUUGGUGGACACGGUGACCAUCAUCUUCAUGGUGUACGACGUCGCCACCACCCGCCCCACCUCAGGCCUGGGCAUUUGCCUCAACCAGGCCCGUCUGCUCGGCGAUCUCUGCGACGUGAAGCUGGUGGUGGACGGCGUGGAGCUGGACGCGCACCGCACGGUGCUGGCCGCACGCAGCCCAGUGCUCAACAAGAUGCUGACGGGCGACUACAAGGAAGCCCGCGAGGGCCGCGUCGAACUCGACUUGGACGGCACUUCCCCAGCGGCGCUCAGGGCGGCGGUGGACAAGUUUCUGGAGUACCUGUACACGGACCGCAUCCAGGACUGGGGCGACAGCGAGAUAGACUUGCUGAGGCUCGCCGACCUGUACAUGGUGCCGGAGCUGCGCGCCGACUGCGAGGUGCAGCUGUGGGGCUGCGACUGCCAGCGGGCCCUGCAGGUGCUGCACGCCGUCGGCCUGAACGAGGUCAUCAGCAGGAAGCUGAGGCGCCGGCUCACGGCCACCGUGGUGCAGAGCAUGUGGAGGCUGAGGGGCGACGAGGCGUGGGACGAGUUUGAGAAGACCUACCCCGUAAUUGUAGACAGCAUGUUCUCCAUGCCAGCCCAUCCACCCGAGAACUUUGUCCUUGAUUGGUCGCUGUAGCUUAUUUCAGCGAAUGUUGAGAAUGUUUUCCUUUCUUAUGUGUGUGCCAAAUAAGAUUGUUGACAGCUUUCAAGUACAUUAGUUAGCAAUCUUAAAAUAAAAAUAUGCAUUUAUUUUUGUAAUUUUGUUGGACUUCGGCAUUUCCCGCCAAUUUCAUGUAUUAUUUUCAAAGUUAUUGUUUGCAUGGUUUUGUUAUUCAUCCUGUAAACUUCGUUUAAACAAAAUUGUUUAAUAUGA